AUGGAACAACAAUUUGACCGUCGAUUUCGACGACGACCACCGCUUGCCCCGCAGCAGGGUGAAAUAAUGAAUGGUGAAUCACGCGUGAAUAAGUUUAUAAUAAUUAUAGUAGACUUGCGCAGUAACUGCACACUGUCUCCGCCACUACCUGGGCCCAUCGUCAAGGUCAAAUUAAGAAAACCAGUGGCACUUGAUGGGGUAGGUGACGGGAGUGGCGAGAACACGUACCUAGGCGUACCACGACUCUCUCUCUGGUCUACAACAAACCCUUGACUAGGGUUUUAUGCUUCAAGAAGAAAGGAGGAUGGCGCAGAGGGAGGAGAGGUCGCUCGGAUCCCACUGGGUGCCACAGAGGCCACAUUGAGGAGGGGUUGGAGUCUGACCCCCAGUUCGCUGGUCCGUCACCCCGCACAAACACUCAAUGGACUGACUUUGAGGUAGCGCGGACGUAAACACCUUACAAACAACAUUCAAAUUAAGACCAGAGAUGUCCACAAUAUUGUGCCUGAAUUUCCGACUCAUGUGACUCGGCAUUAGUAUGUGCAUGGUGAGUGGGCGGAUCGUUAGCGCAGCUGAGUGGCACGAAUUUAGCAUCGGGUUAAUUGACGAUGGUACUGUUUGCAUUCGUCCUCGACCCCCUCGUCUAUAUUGCUGAAGAGUUAGUCUUAACCCCGAAAUGUGUUUUUGUUGCAGUUCGGACGAGUUGAUAAGCCCAGUAGUUCCAGCGUCAGAUUUAUGUCUGGCUUUUAAACAUCAGUGUAUUGUUUGGGCCUCAGAUGAUUUACUGGUGACGCUCUAAUGGCUAAUUUAACCAGAAACUCCUAGACGUCACCAUACAUUCAGCGAACACGUCCAAGCGUCCUUUUUUCCUAUCUCCUCCUGUAGUCUUUUGUCAUCACCUUCUCACCUGGAUGGAACGAACGCAGUUUUGCUCCAUGUCGUCAGUAAAAUUGCCUUUCCAUCAAUGUCGGACGGAAUGUUUCGCGGUCACCAUUCCGUUUUCAUCGCACCGACGUCGUCGAGCAAACCACAUUGAAUGAUUUACGAAGGUUGUUCCCCAUCUUAGCUUCUGCGGGAGAGAAGCCGAAGUAUAUCCCUAGGAUAACAUAUUUUAGCAGCGUAUACAAGGCUACAAGGCGUAUACGAGAAUGCCCAGGAUGGGGCUGAAAUUCGGCCAAUCAGAUAUUGGCUUUGAGUAGCUGGUAUGUUGGCUAGACUUCUGAUUCAUCCACCUGUCUGGGUAAACCUUCGAUCAUUUGAGGAGGUUGGUUCCGCUCGGCAUAUGCGCGGCAUUGUAGCAGCCGGAGAUCUGAGCAGAGGCCUCAUCUUGGUUGUUUUAAUCGACACUUACGUUGGAUUGCAUUCUUCCGUUCUUUCCUUCAGGGGGCGGACCACCAAGUUCAUGUGUGGACAAAUAAUCGUCAACGACAUGUCGAGGUCUUAAAACGUUUCAUAAUUGGAAACUUUUUUAAAACCUAAUUAUUUUCCUUUCUUAAGUAUAAAAUAUAAAGCAGACGUGAUUAUCUAUUGUUUGACUAAAAGAAAGCAUAUUUUCGUUUGUGGUUUCUAUAAAGUAUAUUUGAAUUUCCAAGACCAUCGAAAAUCAAUGGGAAAAAUACAUGCUACUUAAGUAGUCAUUUUUUUACUCAGCACGCUUUCUACAGGAGAUUGGCAAGAAGUGCAUUUAAAAGCCGACAUCCUGCCGAGUCAGAAAUGUUAUAAGAGUGUGCCUUAAGAUAAUCAGUAUCACCACGGCGACCAAGUAAUCCUUCCUAAUCGAAAACGCUUUUCACAAUUUCAGCCAAUAUUUCAUGAGAUAGGUCACUCACUGUAAAUGUUUGCAAGUGAAGGUGAUGCCAAAAAUGCGUUUUUGUAAAUUAAACAUGUUUUCAUGGCAUUUUCAUUGAAAUCACGCCAACACUUUCUGCCGCCGACGUUUAAACUGCCACACCACCUGUGGUGGUUUCGCUAAAAGCCGCGACGCGAUUGAGGUAUGCAUAAUUCCUAAAUUGGCAACUUCCAAUGACGUAGCCAAUGACUGUAUUCCACUUGGCGAAUGACGAACACGGAUAGCUGGCGAUAAAAGCACAACGAGUUCUAUGUAAGAUUAUUAGUAUCUCAGACCUCAACUACGAUGUUCCAGAACGUUCCGUGCCCGAACAGACUUCUGAUUUUGACAGUGGGUCUCCUCAAUUGUCUCUUAAUUGCAGGAUGGUGGAUCGCCAUCCAUCGGAAGACCCCUUCAGGCAGAAAUGCAGGCGACUGCAAAUCCGACUGGCAACACGUCGUUUACUGGCCUGAGACAAACAGUUUUGAGUUGUCACUCGUGGUGCAUGCUGCGAACGAUGGUCGCGGCAUCAGCAGAAGUGUCGACCGACGCAUUCAUGCUCGACAAAUCUCACUGCGUCAUCCACGUCAACGAACCUAUACGUUUGCGGAGAUGGCCGAGAUCGAGGAUGACAACUGGAGACGCCCGAUCCGCCGUUCGAAUUACCUGCUCUACCCACAGGCGCUGGAUAUGAAACAGGUGGUGGCAGACAUAAUGAGCUGCCGUUCCGUACCAGAGGUAGGUGUGGAAAAUAAAGAAAGGUGAAUCAUCUGCUUCCGUGGUAUCCAUCUAAUGAAGCAUUUAAACUGCACUUUUUGACUGCAGUAUAUUCUCGCAGUUGAAACACACUACCAGUGAACAUAAAAUAUAUUCAGGUCAUCAUUCAAGUACAUAAUCGGACGGGCUUAUGCUUGGAUGUUCAUUCAACAACCAAUGUAUAUUUCACCAAUCAAAGGUCGAAAGUAAGAAGUAGGAAUUUUCCUCAUAAAUCUAUAGCUUCACAGCAGUGAGGAUGCCUGUAGUCUGAGCGCUAACUUAAUCAGGGCAAACCCUAGCGUCGGAAGGAGUAGACAGAAGGAACCAGAAUGAGGAGUUUCAUGUAAACAAGAUCCGCAGUUGUCCUCUCCGGCGGCAGUGACCACUGGCAAAGCCAGGGCUGGUGAUGACUACGUCCAAUCACGCCUGAGAGUCCCCAAGAGAGUGGUGGCAGCCGCUUUUGUAGGCUCGUGGUCCAAGCGCAAGUGGUGGCUAGUCAGUGUGUGUUGCAUUUGCCGCGGGCUGGUGUCCCAGGGGCUUAGUUUGUGGUUGCAGAGGAGAGGUUCGUCCAAGUAGCCGCAUGGGCUGCUGCGGCUGUGUGGAGGCAGGUAUGUCCGAGCUGUCGGUCGUAUGACUUCAGGUCAGCUCGUCUGGAACCGCUCACAGGAAAAGGGUGAAGUACUUUGAGGCAGCGAGGUCUUGAACAAUGACGCCAGACCGGUCAUGAUGGCUGCCCGCUGCGAAUCGUCGAGAUUUUUGUCAAUUCAGUCAUACGUCUGACGCCAUUCUCCUUUUUUAGACUUGAUGGUGCGUUUCGGCUUUUGGUGCUCUGUACUGAAGCGCAUUUCGCAUCCUGUGGAAUCUUCAGAGAGCCCGAAGAGAUUGCGUGCCAUAAUAAACCGUCGAAAAUUACUCGGGGUAUUGUGGACAGACAGGCUAGAAAUGCACGGCCUAAACCCAUCAUCCUGUAGUUCUUGGAGAAGUUGUGCAUGAUGUCUCCUCCCCGUUAUCAAUGCAAUCGAAUUUAAGCUUGCCAGCCCUCUGCGCAACACACUUAAGAGUAGGCAGGAAAACACCUGAUGAAGUGGUAACUUGACAGUUUGGGCAUUUUCUGAAAAUCAGAAUUAUUUAACGUACAUCAGGCGAUUAGUGAGCAGUUAUGUCUGCAUAAAUAGCUACAUGUUGAAAUUAAUGCCGGCGAAAUACUGAAAGACAUACCUCUCCGUUUUGUCAUGCACUAUGGAAGUAGUAACUUGGUGCUGUGUUCGCGUAUUUUUGUGCUUCCGGUCCAAACUUCUGGUAAGGCUUCUAAAGAGGAAAGUUUUCUUACGGUAGACAGUUCGACGAAUCCCCUCCAUCUAACUUAGUCAGUGACGAACUACUUAUACGACUGUUCAUUUUAACGCAUUUUGCACAGUGCAUUGCGUCUCAUAUGCCUGAGUUGCCUCCUCUCCCUUUUAUAGGCUCCCAUAUUUAAUCAAACGAUCAGAUUCUUCAACAUCAGCUCGACUGUCUGCGUGCCAGGAAUAGCCGUCAAAGAAGCUCUGGAUGCUAUCGUAGUGGUUAAGUCAGCCGUCUACAACUUUGCAGUUCGUGAUCGCAUUCGGAGGACCUAUGCCAAAGAAUUCAAGCGUGAACAUGCUUUCCGCAUGGCCAUGGUCUUCUCCGUAGGGUUACCCCGAAGCAGCGGGGGUCGGUACUUCCAGCGCGACGGUUUGAACAUCUCACUUCCGGGCCGGGCGGGCGAGUCGCUGGAGAAGAUGCGGCAUGAAGGUCCAGCAGUUCUCAGAAAACUGGCAGAAGAAGCUCGAGUCAACGGUGACCUCCUACUGGGUGACUACGAGGAUACCUACUAUAACCUCAGUCUCAAGUUAUUCCACACCUUCCAAUGGGCUUCUUGCUUCUGUAGUCCGCAAUUCACCUCCCAGCAACGACCUCCUGUCUUCAUUCUCCUGGACGAUGACUAUGCCUUCAAUGCAACCAUUUUGAAGACUGAACUGAUGGCACUCUCGGACACGCAAAUUCGACGAGUGACCUGGGGCAUGCUGCAGAGGAGGAGGCCAGUGUAUCGUCCUCGCGUCUCGCCAGGUUUUGAAAAAUGGAUCCUCUCUAAACGCCAAAUGCCCUGGCCCUACUUCGCGCCUUACGCCUCUGGCGCCUUCCUUGUCAUCGGCGCCGACAUUCUUCAGGAAAUUGCCCUGGCCAUGUACUUCACUCUUCAAUUUCCAGUUGACGAUGCCUGGUUAGGCAUGGUUAUGACAAAGUUGGAUGUCUACGCUGAGCCACGUCCAUCAAUGCAUAUCUCCUGGCCAAGGGAGUUAAGAAAGGAAUUGGUUUCGUUUGCACCCCUCGACUACCUCUUCGGCUAA